GAGAGUAAAUGCAAGAAACAACACAUUAUUUACAAUCAAUAAUAUGCAGAUUGAAAAUGUGGAAAACUACGUAUUUUGAUAGUGUCAUAACAGAAAGCGGAGAUACGGAGGACGAUAUUUGUAUGAGGAUACAAAAAGCUCAACAAGCAUUCAUCAUGCUUAACCCUGUUUGGAGAUCUGGCGAGUACACUACAAGUACAAAGAUCCGCAUAUUCCAGUCAAAUGUCAUGUCUGUUCUACUCUACGGAUGUGAAACCUGGAAAGUGACCAAAACCUUUACAGAUAAACUGCAGGUCUUUAUUAAUAAAUGUCUAUGACGAAUUGUUCGUAUUUUCUGGUAUAACAUAAUCAGAAACGAAGAUCUACUACACCUGACCGAACAAAAAAAGGUACAACAUCAAAUAAAGUCCAGAAAGUGGGGUUGGAUUGGUUACAAACUCAGAAAAAAUAAUUUCAGUAUUGCAAAGAUUGCUCUAAAGUGUAAUUCUCAAGGAAUAAAAAAAAGAUGUCGUCCCCAGUACAAACUUGAAAAAGAUAUAUAUGUACGAGAUAAAAGGUCAAGGAAAGUCUUGAAAUGAGGUGAAGGCCUUAGCGUAAAAU